UACAGUUUAUACUCGUGGAGGGUAAAGUGGGGUAAAAUGGACCGUUUUUUACGAUUAAAAUCCUGAAAUCUACUGAAAAAAUCAUGUGUUUUUUGACUAUUUAUGCUCUGAGUUGUUUUAUAACAGAAAUAUUUACAUUGGUUCCACGUAGUAGCUCAUUUUAUGCUAUUUACACUGGACAAAUGGUCUACGUGUGAGUGCAACUGAUGAGUUGUGCAUGUGUCAUCUGCUGUCAGUCCAAAAAUCCUCAACUCACGUUCACAUUUUCUCCAAAAAUCAGUUAGAAAUCAUCGCACCAAUAUCUCUCAAUUCGUUAAUUCAAUGUGCUUCCUGAAUUAAAAAAUCUACAUUCCACGUACGAAAGACGUAAAAACAUUUUCCACAUGUGAAAAAUGAACCUAAUCAAAUGGGAUCAAUUGGAGGACGGUCUGGCCCCUCUGUCAGACACCCAACGAGACUGGAUCGAGACAUUGGAGGAGAGGGUGUCCAAAACAUUGUGGAGUAACAGUGACACGUCGACGUCGUUUGUUGACGAUCACCAGGACAAUUCCAACGAUAAUGGGACUAUUACUUCAAUGGGCAAAAAAAUAGAAUCCUGCCACCAACUCCUGCAGUACUACGCGUCCCUGGAGUCCAGAUACGAGUCGAUGGAGUACAAAAGGUACAGCAUGUACCUGGAAGAGCUGAAUAUUCGCAAAGACGAUUGUAAUAGUUUAUGCAGGGACAUCGACAAGGCCCUGGAGGACAUGUCAGCCUUAUCGAGACAGUAUGGAAUCGUCUCCAACAAAACAAUGUCCCUCCACUCAGCAACAGAGCAGUUAAUCUCCGAGCAGGAAAAGCUGAACGAAAUAGGAAACGAGAUAACUAGAUAUGUCAAGUACUUCAAAGAGGCUGACCUGAUAAUGGACAAGUUGGAGUCUGCGAAUUUAUCAGUUCGAAGUGAUACGUUCAUCGACAUAACUGAUAAAAUCGACACGAACAUAGAUUUCAUGGAGAAGAAUGACAAGUUCAAAGAGUCUGCGGUCUAUCUCGUCAAGUACAGGCACUGUCAGUCGAAGGUCAUUGGGAUGAUGCACCAGUGGAUUAUGAAUAUACUGGACGAAGCUACUGACAGUAUUAUGAGCUCUUUGCCAACAGAAUCCUCUGGGGACGAUCCAACAUCUCCGGAUGCUGAUAGCCAGACUCUGGCGUUGUUGUAUGGCAGGUUCCAGAGGAUUUUGCCGAAGAUCAAACCUAUCAUCACGAUUAUUGAGAAGAGAUCGUUCAAACGACAGGAAUAUGACACUCUUUUGUUGGAGUGUCAUCAGAGGUACUUGAUGAAACGAGGAGGAGUGAUAAGCGCAAGUGUCCAAAAGGGUCUUCAGUCAGUAAAAGAGAGGUACAACGGAGAUCACUGCAGUUUUGUCCGUCACGCCUGUUCGCUCCUGCUGCACGCCUCCAUCGACGAGCACCGUCUCUUCAACCAGUUCUUCGAGAAGAAGUCCCACUUGCUCGCUGGCUACCUGGAGGGUCUCUGCACCUCCCUGUACGACAUCCUGAGGCCCUCAAUCAUCCACAUCAACCACCUGGAGACGCUCGCCGAGAUCUGUUGCAUCCUGCGAGUGGAAAUGCUGGAGGAGCACGUGCAGAACCACAUGGAGGCCCUCGAGGGCUUCGGCAAUAUUUGCCUCCAGCUGCUGCACGACGCCCAGGAGAGAUUAGUCUUUCGCACCCAUCUGUACCUCCAAUCAGACAUUUUGGGGUACAAUCCAUCCCCCGGGGACCUCGCCUACCCGAAUAAACUCAAAAUGAUGGAGGACAUAGCUGAGUCUCUGCGAGAGGAAAAUCGCCAGGCAAAAAUCAAGAAGAUAUCAGUCUCCUCAAUAUCCUCAGUCUCCUCGAUCACCUCAAACAAUCUGGAAUUAGAAGCCCCCAAGUUCAUUCCAAUCGCUGGCUUCGACCCAAUCCACAAAUUAUCAGCCCCAUCCUCCUCGUCCUUCAACCUCAUCACCAAUUCCCCAGCUGAUCUCCACGGAAUGUGGUAUCCAACAGUACGAAGGACCCUCGUCUGCCUGUCGAGACUCUACAGAUGCCUAGAUCGCCCAGUAUUUCAGUCACUGAGCAGAGAAGCCAUCAAUUUUUGCAUCGAGAGCAUUGAAAAGGCGAAGGAGAAGAUCGAGGCGCGAGCCACAACACUGGACGCUCUAUUAUUCCAAGUAAAGCAUCUGCUCAUCCUGCGAGAGCAGAUUGCGCCCUUUCAGGUUGACUUCACAGUGAAAGAGUAUUCACUCGAUUUUUCGAAAGUUAAAACCGCAGCUUUUGGAUUACUCGAGAGAAGAUCCAGGGUUUUUGCGUUGUCAAAUAAUGCGUUGCUUGAGUUUUUGCUGGAGGGUGCACCCAGGAUGAAGGAGCAUCUCAUUGACUCCAGGAAGCAUGUGGACUCGAAGCUGAAGGCUGCUUGCCAGAUGCUGAUUCAGCACUGCACGAAGUUACUGGUUGAUCCUAUUGAUAAAUCACUGGGCUCUGUCAUCAGCAGCAAUGCCAGUGUCGCGAGUCCUCCAGGGAGUCCCAAUGCCCAGAAGGGCAUUGUCCCGGCUAAGGUGGAGCCUCAGGUAGUCGCUCAGGUGGUGAGCGAAGUGCUGAGACUGAUGAAAUUUCAACUGCCCAGUAUUCAACAGUCGAUGCAGCUGUACUUGGCUAAUCGAGAGACUGAGUCAAUCCUGUUUAGACCGAUUAGAAAUAAUAUUGUGGCGAUGUUCACGCAAUUGUCCCAGUGGCUGCACAGCAAUUACAGCAGUGAGGAGCAACUUUUGAUCGCCUGCCCACUGCCCGAACAGGUCUCCAUUAUGCUGAGCUCUUCGAGUCUUGCGCACACAUCGUCGAAUUACUCGAGCAAUCAACACCUGGAGCAGCAGCAUCAUCCUGUUGUUACGAAUGUGCCCACUGGAGCUACUACUGUUUGAUGGGAUUGAUGGAGGUGGUGAUUCUAGAGGGGAAGGGUGAAGAGGGGAUGAUUUCGAAGAUUUCUCACUGGUUCUUUAGAUGUUGUGAGGUAUUCCGUCUCAAUAUACGAGGUAUUCCAUUUCAAAUGACUCAACUGCUGACCCUCACCCUCUUGGAAAUUGAUCGCGAUUUUUUCUACGGUUGGGGGACCUGAAAACCUAUCUCUCAGUUUUUUUUAGAUCUUUUUUAACAGCCCAUUUCGGAGGUAUUUCUCAAUAACUCCAGUUCUAUUCAUCCGAUUUUUAUUUAUG